GUCGUCCCUCUUCAUUCACUCACCCUCCUCUAGCAGGUUGCAGCUUCAGCGUAUGUAUGUACUUCCAACUUGGUGAAGAAGACGAGAUGGUGGCAUGGCAGCCUUCGUAAUUCGGAGCUUCAGUUCGGCCCUUGGAUCUUCUCCAUUCGAGUUCUAGGCACUUGAAUGCUGGGACACAACAUACGAGAUAAUCCAGACCUGCCUUCUACUUUGUUGGAUGUUCGGUCUGGGGUUGGAGCACUGAGAUAGAAGGGGGCAGUGUUUGGGGCUGGACGUGAUGGAUCUCACAUGGUUGAGUGCGAUCAUUGUUGGGGCAGGAUGCCUUGCUCUAGGAUAUUAUAUCGGUGAACGCCACCCCUCUUUCAUCUUUUUCCCGGCUAGAGUAGCUAAAGAGUCAUCUGCCUCCAAUUCCGGCAAGAAGAACAAGCCCAAAGAACCCCUUGAAAUAGAAAAGUUGGCGGAAAUCAUGGAAGAUUUUAAAAUGGUUUUGGUCGUCAGAAAUGACCUAAAGAUGGGCAAAGGGAAGAUUGCUGCUCAAUGCAGUCAUGCAACUCUGGGCCUCUAUAAGAAACUGCUUCAUCGAGCUCCAAGAGCACUGAACAGGUGGGAAAUGUCUGCGCAGCCUAAGGUGGUCGUGAAAAUUGAAAGUGAAGAGGACAUGCUUGUUUUACAGGAAAGAGCAAAAUCACUCAAACUGCCAACCCACAUUACAAUUGAUGCUGGGAGAACGCAGAUUGCACCAAAUUCAAGGACGGUGAUGGCUAUUCUUGGACCUGUUGAAGUUGUUGACAAUGUGACCGGUGGACUAAAGCUCCUGUAGUGGAGCAUUUACAAGCACGACUGAGAAUUCGCAGAAGAGGCUGUAUCUUUUUUAGUGACUAAUAGAAUCUGCAUCUUCUAUUCCUAGGAAGAUCAGAUGCUAGAUAAUGACGAAAUUCCAUUUUUUAUGGGCCUCUUUUAUUUACAUCAAAGUUCUGGAGAGUCCUUUCAAUGUUACUACUAAUUGAUACAUGCCCUUGUUUACAAGGGGACAUGGCGUUAUUGGAAAACCUCGCGUACUUGGUUUUUUGGCUCCCUGAAGAAAAUCUCAUUUUGUGUUUCCCA